CCAGAAGCCCCGGGAGCGAGACGGGAGGCGCGGCUCCUUCCUCGUCCGCCUUUGCGCAGCGUCUCUCCCCGGGUUUAGCCGAGCGUGCAGACAGGGACUGGCCGGAGCCGCCCAGGGCUGGGAAGGCCGAGGCUGGCCGGGCAAGCGAGCCGGAGGAGGGAGCCAUGGGGGCGGCCCUGAGUACGUUAGGAAACAUUGUCCUGUUUCCAGUCUAUUUCGUGAUCAGUUUGAUCAAGCGCCUUUUCUCGAAAUCUCUGCCUCCGAUCACACUAGAAAAUCCAGAUGUAAAAUAUGCAUUAAGGCUGAUCGAUAAAGAGCACAUCAGUCAUGACACCAGAAAGUUUCGCUUUGCCCUGCCAAGCCCAAGACAUGUGUUGGGGCUUCCUGUGGGGCAGCAUGUUUACCUCUCGGCCAGGAUCGACGGGAAUUUGGUGAUCAGACCUUACACGCCUGUCAGCAGUGAUGACGACAAAGGAUUCGUGGAUCUGGUUGUGAAGAUCUAUUUCAAAGGGGUUAACCCCAAAUUUCCCGAAGGAGGGAAAAUGUCCCAGUAUCUGGAGAAUCUAAAGAUGGGGGACACCAUUGAUUUUCGGGGACCCAGUGGAUUGCUCGUUUACGAGGGGAAAGGUGUGUUUGCGAUUCGUCCAGACAAGAAAUCUGAACCCGUGCUUAAGCAGGUGAAAUACGUCGGGAUGAUUGCAGGUGGAACAGGAAUUACUCCCAUGUUGCAACUCAUUCGAGCGAUUGUAAAGGACAAAGAAGAUCCCACCAUUUGCUAUUUACUCUUUGCUAACCAGGUAGGACAAUUUCCUUCAUUCCCUCACUAA